GCCGAGCGUCGAUCAGAUGCCCAGUGAUCUACAGUGAGGUUAUUCGUCUUGCUUCUCCGACUGAAUGCAUCAAAUAAACUGCUAAAGCGGCUUCUUUUUUCUUCUUCUGAGUCUGUUGGUUUUUUUUAUGGUACGAAUGUGCGUGUUAUAGCUUUCUCGCUCACUCUCUUGGGUACUUGUUGGCAGUCGUAAAUAAGGCAGACGAUAAUACCGUUCGCCUGCCAUCUCACGAACACGGCACGACUUGUUAGUGGUCAAUGAUCUGGCAGUGGACCAUUGAUGCUGCGAAUAGCAGUGGCUGGACCAGUGAUCGGGCGAGUCACAUUCUAUCGUCCCCGGGCCGCCAGUGGAGCGGCUCCAUGUAAACCAUCCAAGUGGUCGAUUACCGAGCCCAACGAGUCGUUGGGUGCCGAUUGCGUCUCCGCCAUGGCCAGUCAGUCGUCUCUCUCUUCUGCCAGUGCUCGCUCCACUUCUCCCGAUCCGUGUGUGGUUUCUGAGUCGUCAUCAAUCAAAAGGGCGAGGAACACAAUAGGAAAGCCUCCCUCGCUAUCUCCCUCACAUGAUGUUUUUCGCUUAUUUAAGCUGGCCCAGGAGAUGAGAUGGGGAGGUCCCUCAUCGUGCUACUGCUCUUUCCGUUGCUCUCCAUAGGAAAUGUCCCCUCUCCUCUGCUGCCCCUGCAGCACCCUCGUCUCUCCCCGCCUGCCGUCGCCCUCUUGGGCAACACUGCCGAGGAUUUCUAUCACCAGAGUGCAGAGAUAUGUUGGUUCAAGCAUGAACAGUGAUGCCCUCAAGGUUGUACCUCUCCGCAGCAAGCAACAACUUCACUGGAGUUUCAUUGGAGGGUCGAGAAUCCAACACGAGCCGAGUGGUUCAAGGAUUGUUCGUCGUCAAAGAGGGUUUCGGCCGUCAGCUUCUUGGCUUACAAGUUCACAGAUUGCUAGCAAUGCUUUCACUUGGGGCACGGUUGCUGUUCUUCCUUUCUACACUUUGAUGGUACUGGCUCCUAAAGCUUCAUUUACUAGAAGAACCAUGGAGAGCAGUGUGCCAUACAUUGCCCUUGGAGUUCUAUAUGCAUACCUUCUGUAUCUGUCAUGGACUCCUGACACAUUUAGAAUGAUGUUUGCUAGUAAAUACUGGCUGCCAGAGUUAGCUGGAAUAGCAAAAAUGUUCACCAAUGAAUUGACGGUGGCUUCAGCAUGGAUUCACUUAUUGGCUGUAGACCUUUUCGCUGCAAGGCAGGUAUUCCACGACGGUUUAAAGAAAAAUGUCGAGACCCGACACUCAGUUUCUUUGUGCCUACUCUUCUGUCCGAUGGGAAUUUUUUCUCAUUGCAUCACCAUGCUGCUUGCCCAGAUGGCUAAUCGGUCGCAUUGAUGCUUAACGGCAGAAAAGUGCCAGCUUGAUCUCCAAUUUUUUCUGCUUCUGAGAAAGAGAGAGAACAGAAACCAAGAUAAUCCUCUCCUGUCACAUUCAUUUAGGUCAAACUAACGCAAUCAGAUAUAGUUGUUAGUUUUCUGUCAUAGACUAUGGUUGCAUAGUCCAUGUAUCUCAUUUAGAAAAUAUGGUCGAACAACAAAGUUUCAUGGUGAAAAUGUUUAAUUUGAACUUCUUUA